UGGAAAUACUAAUGAGACGAACCGUGCAAGUAUAACGGAUUGCAAAGAAUAGCGAUCGCUUUUUAAGAUGCAGCGGAAAGUGUUUGACUUCGGAUGAAAAUUGAACAUCCGUUUUCGUGAAAAGGACUAAUAAGAUCAUUGACGUAACUAGAUAGGGAUUAGAAUGAACUCCUUUCGCUGGAAAUUAUUAAAACAAGUGGGAAAACAUUCUUCGGUUAACAGAAAUGAAUAUUUAAGUAAAAAGGCUGUAUGCAACACAAUUAUACACAAUAUUUUUAGUUGCUGUCCCCUUUAUGACUUUUUACUGUCUAUUUAGUAUUAUAAGUGAUAUUCAUAGUGUUAUACAUAAGUAUCGUAAAUAACAUUUAUAGUGCAUAAAUAUCGAGGGGUGAGUCGAUCGCUGUGUGCCGUAACAUUCAAUUGUUGACAAUCGGUCAUGCGAUGUCGCAUGAUAAUUAAUAUCAUUAAAUAUGUUUGCCUUCAAAAUUUCACCGCCAUCUUAUGACGUCUUCCGGAAACCACUAGGGAACCAGCCGAGUGAGCAUGCUCAGAAUAUGUUUUGUAUUUACAUUAUAUAGAAAGGCUAUAUAGGAAAAAAGUAAGUACGUUGUAGAAUGAUAGCUGAAAAUCGUGGUAAUUUCAGCAAUAAUUCGUUACAAUAACAUUUAAAAUACGACAAGAAUCAAGUUAAAUAUCGCAAUAAUUCGUACUUAAUAGUACCAAGAAACAACCGGCAUGGAAGCGGAUACAACUCGACAAGAUAUGCAAGCAGAUAUGCGGGCAAAAUUUAAAGAGGUUCGUAAGCUUUUGGACGAUCAUGAAAAAUUUACUAAUGAAAGGGAACCGUAUAAAAUAAAGUAUCAAGCUAUUGAAGUUUUGAUGGGAAUGGAAACGGAUCUCACUAAUGCUUUAACAAAUGUGCCAGAAGAACAACUAAGUAUAGAGGUAAUAAUGCUUGCAGUGGUACAUUUAAAUCUUGGUAUACUACACACUGACACGGAAGAAUUAAAGGCAGGUGAAGAACAAUUUAUGAAAUGUAUAAAAUUAUUGAAAAACAAAGAGUUGGAACCGGAAGCAAUUUUACCUGUAUUAAGUGCUCUUAAUCAGUUAGGCAUUAUAUGGUCUCAAUGGAAUCAACCUGAAAAGGCAAAAAGCUUCUUAGAUCAAGCUGAACAGAUUUACAAUGAUUUCAAAAAUAUGAAUCGUCAGUGUAGAGAUCCGGUUAACAUGGCACAAAAUUUUGGCAUUGAAGAAGUGAAAAAUGAAUUAAGUACUAAAGAAGUACUUGAAAAAAUUCAUACUUUAACAUUAUAUUAUUUAGCUCAGAUAUAUAGUUCUUUAAAAGACCAUUACAAGUCUGCUAUAUAUUGUCACAUGACUUUACGUAGACAAUUAGGUCAUAAGAAUAUAGCACAAGACUUAGAUUACAUUGAUUGGGCUUUAAAUACAGCUACAUUGUCACAGUAUUUUAUGGAAAACAAUACAUUUUCUCAAGCAAGGCAUCAUUUAGCAGCUGCAUCUUAUGUACUUGAAAAAUAUGAAAAUAUACUGAAAAAGAAACUUGAAGAUAACAAAGAGAGCGAAGCGGUUGCGGCGGAAUGGGAGACUUUUAAACAUAGAAGCGCAGACGUUGCUAGAUGUUGGGCGAAGUAUGGAAUUUUACUUAUGUGCUUAUCAAAACAAAGACUUCUACAGGAAACUGAAACGGAAAAAAAAGAUCAGUCCGAUAAUAAGGAUUCCUCGAAAUUAAAAAUAAUCGACGAUUUAAAGUUUGAUGUUUUAGAAAAGGACAUAGAGCCGAUCGCGAAUCAAAUUACUGAUAAAUAUUUAUUAACUUUUGAUGACGCAAGAUUAGUAUUUUUAAAUGUUCAAAAGUGGUUAGAGCAAGCAAAGUCAUAUUACACCUUAGAAAAUCAUGCUUCUGAUCAUAUACAAAUUAUACAAGACAUUUCUCAGGCAUACAGAUAUCUAGCAUUUUUCGAAGAACAAGAAGAUAGACAAGCAAAGAUGCAUAAAAGGAGAAUAGACAUUCUGGAAAACGUUAUCAAGGAAUUAAAUCCUCAAUAUUACAAAAGUGCAUGUAGACAAAUUUGGAUCGAGCUAGGGGAAGCUUAUUCAGAGAUUCUGGAUAUAAAACUUGAUCGUCUAAGAGCUUCUAAUGAAAAUCCGGCACCGCAGGCAUUGACAAAAAUUAAUAAUUUAGCAAAAAAUGCUAUAAAGAAUUUUGAAAACUUUUUCGAUUCCAUAGAAAAUCGCAAUUCUGAUUCUGGAAUGAAACCGUUUCCUGACGAUAUAAUGCAACCGGCAUUGAUCGCUUACUUUCAUCUUGGUAGAUUGUACAAUAAGAUAAUAACACCUGAUAAAGCGAUUCAGUUAGAAAAUACUCAAAACAGUCUAAACGCAUAUAAAUUUGUAGUCGAUUACUGUGAGAAAUAUCCUAAAGCAGCAGAGUUAAUGCAUGUUGAAUUAAAUCUUUGCAAAGAGUUAGUGAACUUGUUACCAAUGAAAAUAAGCAGGUUACAAGAAACAAGCAGGCUACAAUGAAUUAAUAGAAUUAUAAAAUUCCUUUCGAGUAUAAAUUUGAUGGCGCGUGCAUUUUCGAAGAUACUCAUUUUUCAUAACAAUUAAUUAUUUCUAUUUAAUUUUGAACAAUUUUAUAUUUCUUCGUUCAUUAAUGAUACGAUUUAAUAUCUAUUAUGUAUUAUAAAAAAUAUAAUGUACAUU